AUGAAAUCCUUUGAACUGAGCGAAGAGAUGUCUUCAUGCGAAGAAUCGACCACAACCAUCUCGAAUGGGCCUGAAAACCACAUAGAUCUCCCGAUUGAGAAUCAAGAAAACGAUAUAAACAUCACUAACAGCAACAGCAAUGAAUCGUUUUCACCGGAGAAAGUGACUCUUCUCAAGUCAACGACUUCCAUCUUUAAUGAUUCUCCUGUUGUGAGUGGCCCAAGUUAUUCUGAUCUUGAUAGACAGAUUGAGCAACUUCGACGAUGCGAGAUCAUCACCGAAAGUGAAGUCAAAAGCUUGUGCUCCAAAGCCCGUGAAAUAUUGAUUGAAGAGUCAAAUGUUCAGCGAGUUGAUGCUCCUGUUACUGUCUGCGGUGAUAUUCACGGACAGUUCUAUGAUCUCAAGGAACUUUUCAAAGUAGGCGGUGAUGUCCCUACAACAAACUAUCUUUUUAUGGGUGAUUUUGUCGAUCGUGGAUUUUAUUCAGUGGAAACCUUUCUACUCUUACUUGCCUUGAAAGUCCGAUACCCUGACAGAAUAACUCUGAUUCGAGGAAAUCAUGAAUCUCGUCAAAUCACUCAGGUGUAUGGCUUUUACGAUGAGUGUUUACGAAAGUACGGUACUUCAACUGUCUGGCGCUAUUGUACAGAAGUUUUUGAUUACUUGUCGCUAUCUGCCAUUAUCGAUGGAAAGAUAUUCUGUGUUCACGGUGGCCUUUCUCCUUCGAUUCAGACACUGGAUGAAAUUCGCAUAAUUGACCGAAAGCAAGAAGUUCCUCAUGACGGCCCGAUGUGCGACCUCCUUUGGUCCGACCCUGAGGAGACUACUGGCUGGGGCAUGUCGCCUCGAGGAGCUGGCUUUUUAUUUGGCUCCGAUGUUGUGCAGCAAUUCAAUGCUACCAACAAUCUCGAGAUGAUUUGCCGCGCUCACCAACUUGUCAUGGAAGGCUACAAGUGGCACUUUAACGAGUCCGUCUUAACUGUUUGGUCUGCUCCCAACUACUGCUAUCGCUGUGGCAACGUGGCCGCGAUACUUGAACUUGACGAAAACUUGGGUCGCGAGUUCACCAUUUUCGAAGCUGCUCCUCAGGAAACGCGAGGAAUACCAUCGAAAAAGCCACAGCCGGAUUAUUUCCUCUGA